GGUACGAACAAGAUCACAAACAAUGACAAUGGUAAAACAGAAAAUUUUGGUAGGAUAUAACAUAUUAAUGUUUGCUAAGUUACAACAAAUAUUUUAAAAUUAAUAUCAUUAUAGUCAAUUUACGUGAUUUUAAUUGGUUGAAAAGGUCUACGAAGUGCACAUUGUGCAAUUAAUGUUUAAUUUGCACGCUUCUGCGCCCGCAGUUGGUGCACGGUAAAUAAAAAACAACUCUUGUAUAGACUACAUCUGGCCCUUAUUAUAAUAUAUCAAAAUUACAACCCAACCUCACUCCAUGCACUCCAAAACUAACCUGCCUCUAAACCCUACCCCCACCCCCACCACUUCAGUAGGGCUAGGUAAAGUCACAACCGGUUUUUUUGUGUAGUAAAUUGGAUAAAAUGAUACGGGAAAUUACACUUGUUCUCUUGCACAUGUGCUUGCUUGGCGAAAUAUUUAUAAUACCUAAUAUUAUAAAUAUUUCGCCAAACAUGCGUGCAAUUUAUUAUAAUAAUUUCCUUUCCACAAUGCAUUUGUGCGCCAAUUUUGUUUUCUGGAACUGGUCAAAUCACAGUGCGUAAUUGUCGGUGUCCAAAAUUGUCGCCAGUGCAUAAAGAAAUUAAACUAGAAUCAAUAUAUCAAUCCCAUUGCCAUUCAGUUAUUAAUACUUAAUCAAUAAUUUUAUUGUUACAGAUGCCACCACUUUAAAUGGCUUGCCUGUCUUGAAGACUUCUUCCCAUGGAUUGACCUUACAAGAAAUUAUUAGUAUAUGCGUUGAUGGCGAGUUCCCAGCCGAAAAAUUAUGCACUAAAGUGCCAAUGAUGAUUGACCGAAGUGCUGUGUUUGUAAUUGAUUUGUCUGUUGUCAAUCCCUUAGAUUUAACUGCUGACGAUUGUGGAGUAUAUGGUUGCCAUUCAUCCCCUUCUGUGGAAGCAGAAGUGGAUGUUGAUGAUGAUGGUGUUCUGGGGAGUAACGUAAGGACUGUAAGCAAAGAUGAAGAAAGUUCUCAUUCUCUUAACACGCGGCAAUUUCUUAUAAAACGCCAAUACAGUUGGCAUAGUUUGUCCAAAGACUACCGUCGUAUAAUAACGAAGGUUGAAGAAAAUAACGCGUUGUUGCAUUUCGCCGUUGUCCAGUACAUAGUUAAAACGAAGGAUACGUCAAAUCUGUUUGAAAAACCCCAUGGUUGUAGUAAGAAAAGCAAAGAACCAUAUAUUCGCACCAAGCCCAGCGUCAUGGAGAAAAUUAGAGAACUGGGGCAGAAAGGAAGUGCCAAUACGUUUAUUCAGUUUGCGGCAGAUAACAACGACAUAAACAAGGAGAUGCUUGACGGAAAGGAUACAACACAUGCUACAACACUAGUUGUUUAUCAGCAGAAGCCAUUUGGCCCAAUGCCACGGAAAGAAGUGCUUGCCGAUCAUACCAAGAAGAAAAGGUCUCUGACGAAAGUUAACAGCUGUGACGAAAUUUUGGAAUGUUCAGCUCAUGGAAAAUGCCCGAUUGUCACAGAUUUUCUCGGUCAAAUUGGUACAGAGUCUUUUCACACCACAACUGAUGCAUACAUAUCAUCAUGCAGGAUGGAUUUGACAUGGGCACUUGGACGUAUGUCCCCAACGAAAUUGUUUGAUAUUGCCGAAGUCACAAAAGAGGAAACUGACCAGCCCAUUCCAAGUUGGAGUGGAUUUAACUCCAUGUUGUUUCCAGGUAUCGUACAGCCUACUGUAAUUGGUUACUGUCCAAUGAUAAAUGGUUCUUCCACCGAACUAAGCAUGGUAUACACGGUUAUGAAGAAAGCGCAAAAUAUCUGCUCAAGCCUUCAACAGAGAGACAUGGUCAUCACAUUUGAUCUGGCGAUCUAUGCGAAAGCGAAACAAAUCCAAUGGAAAUUUCCCGAAGAGUUCGCAGACACCAUAAUUCGUAUGGGUGGCUUCUAUAUUGCAUUGCAUUUUCUUGCAGUCUUAGGAAAGAAAUAUCAGAACUCUGGCUUGGAGGAUGUAUUAAUAGAAUCUGGGGCGUAUGGAUCUGGUAGCGUAAUGGUGUUAAUGAAAGGAAAGUCAUACAACAGAGGGGUGAGAGCACACAAACUGGUCAUGGAAGCGCUAUUUCGUCUGAUGUGGCAAUCAUUUCUACAUUGGUUAAACGGUGGAGGUAUGGAAUCCCAGGAGCAAAUUGUAGAUGAAGAGCAUAUUACUGAUUCAAUCAAAUCUUUUCGUUUGGCUGUUCAAAAUAAAGAUCACGUUCCACAGAGUGCAAAGGCUACUAUGUCCGAAUUGUUUACUUUGAUGGAACUUUUCGAAGUCUUCAGACAAGAACAGAAGUCCCGAUUGAAGAUGUUUGAUUUCUGGAACGAGUAUAUCAGCAUGGUUAUGAAUCUUCUUCAAUUUGUCAAAGCAGAACGGACGGGAAACUGGUCUCUUCAUCUUGCAGCUACAUCAGAAAUGGUACCUUACUUCUACGCCCAUGACAGACCUAACUACUCUCGGUGGCUUCCUGUGUAUUUUUGGCAGACAUGGAACAACUUGAGAAAAACAAUCCUGUUGUUUACAAUCAAUUCCAGGAUGGGGGCCACGCUGUGAAUUGCUCAAGUCAACCAUUUGCUAAAGUAUGGACUGACAUGGCACUCGAGCAAUCUAUCAAUUUAGAUUCCAAAUCUAAAGGAGGCAUAAUUGGGAUCAGCCAAAAUCCAGACGCACUUCAAAGAUGGUUCUUAACCAUCCAUGAAAGAUCAGCCAUCACCACAGUAGUCAAGCAAAUGUGUGGAAUUAACGAUUUGGACAGAGUUGGAACACGCAAGGAAGCAGCCCGAAAGCGUGUGGAGCGUGAUGAGAAAGAUGUUGAGAAGAUAGUUGCUUGUUUGAAAUCUGGUCUCAUGAAGGAUCCUUUUUCGGAUGAUAACAAUAUUUUGUGUAAUAUUGCAACUGGUGUUGUGUUGCCUGAAGAAGUAGCACACAGAUUGGUGAAAAGCAAAGAAGAGGGUCUGAUGCAGUUGGACUGCUUCGUACAGCAACGCUUACAUUGUAACAGUCUGAGCGUUUGGGAUGCCAUUCCAAACCUAAAGAUCAAGAUGUUCAACACCACAACAAAGAAAAUCAGAGUCCCGUCUUCAAACGAGAAGUCUGUUGUCAUGGCUGAAGACAGAGAUCUUUUUGGAUGGCUGUUAAUUGUUGCCAAUGUUCGAGAAAUCAACCUAAGAGAAGUUCUCAGCUUUGAGCUCUCAGCAGUACCAUACUCCCUGGCACAUUCGGAUGGCACUCAUCGCAAGACGGCAAAGAGUGUACUACUCCAAAUUUUGGGAAAUUACGUCACUGUGGAAUCACGACUUACAUCCAUUCCAGGGAUCGCAACUGUCUAUAUCCUUGAUGGCAUGGCACUGGUACAGAUGAUGAAAUUUGCAGGAGUGACAACAUUUGGUGAGAUGGCAGUCAAGUACUACGAAGUAAUCACAAGUUACUUUAGGCAAGGAAACUGCAGUACUGGCAUAUUUCCAUCAAAGGAGGGGAGCGGAAGAAAUGCGGACAAGCAAAUGCAUUAGAAGUUAAGAUACAUGGAGAAUCCACCCCAGUCCCUAAGCAGUGGAAUAAAUACAUCUCAAAUGUGAAGAAUAAAGUGAGCCUUUGCGCGUUUCUGACAGAAAGCUUCUGUGAAAUUGGAAAACGUCAGCUUCAGUCAAACAAGCAACUUGUUAUUGGAUGAGGAAUGAGGGACGGAGACCUUUCACUAUCGGCCAGGAAUGGUCAAAAUCUUACAGUUCCAACUUUAGUAUCAGAUCAUGAGGAGGCAGACACACGAAUCAUAUUGCAUGCUUGUGAAGAUGGGCAGAGGAUUGUAGUACAGUCACCUGACAUGGACGUUCUGCUUCUCUGUGUGUCACAUUAUUGUGAAAUUGGAUGCCAACAACUGUGGUUCAGAACCAGAGUCAAGGAUCGCCUAUACUACAUUCCAGCACAUGAUGCAUCUACAAAUCUUGGCCCUGAAAUCUGCUCAGCCCUCCCUGCGUCCCACGUUCUAACAGGAUGUGACUCGACAAGUGCAUUUUCGCGCAUUGGAAAGAAGAAAGCAUGGAAAGUCAUCACAAAAAGCAAAACACAUCAGGAGACUCUUAGAUGCAUGGGACAAUCGGUGGAUAUCGAUGAAAAUACAGUUCAAAAUAUCGAAGCCUUUGUCCGUAGUUU